AUGGUUAUGGAACAACUUAAGGCUAGUAUGGAAGCUGAAAAACUUCGGGCAAAGAAGGAAAUACGUUCAAAAUUGGUUACUACACCUAAUAAAGGAGGAGGAGAAAAACGUGGAGACGAUGUCGGCAAAUCCAAAUCAACCACAAACGUUACAACAACUCGUGGCGAUGCAAUAACUCCAAGUCGUUCAGCAGAAACGAAUGCAUCAACACCAACUUCAACUUUAGGACGUCGCAAAGAAUUGGCAAAAUACCCUAGUAGUGACAACAGGAUGCCUAGGACAUUUCAACGUUUUUUUUAAAUUUAUGUUCAGAAUUUUGGGGUUACUAUAAUAGUGGGAUCCUAGAUCUGGAUUCGAAAUAUGUACCAUUUGGGCUUCUUGUCACGUUGUGUUCGGAUGUAUAAGAAUUUUUUUUGGGAGACAAACCUGAGAAAGAAGCCCCUGAAAAUGAAAAACCAUGGGGAGGGGGGGGGGGGCAAGCUCAUUUUCGGGAAUUUUGUUAAGCUGAUAUGAGUAGGGGUCACCCGUUUUGUCUAUUUUUCCCUGUAGUUUUAGUCU